AUCCUUAUCUUUAGUGGAACAUACCCUAACGAUAGAAAAAAAUACCUAUUAUUUCAAUUCAGCUCAUCGAGUUCAACAGCCGUUGCCAAGAUGAACUCUCUUAUUGUCAUUGCUUCCUUGGUGGUGGUGUGUGUCGGGCAGGCGCAAGAUGCGUCAACGACAGCAAAGGUCCAUCACCACAGUCACCACUCGCAUGCCGCCCACGCCCACACAACACACGAGCCCAAGGAGACAGAGCAGUACUCCUUUGUCUAUGACGGGAGAAGUCAUGACAUGGUUGUGAAGACGGCAGACCAGUGCUACAUAAUGCCUUUGACAGACAGACAGAGAAACCAGGUCCACGACCCCGAUAACAUCAAGAAAGUUGAGGCUGCAGCUCUCAAACUGAUCGUCGACAAGUCUGUUGACAGCAACGUUGACCAGUCCAUUCUUGACCAUCAUCUGGCACAUUUUUGCAAAGGCUCCUCCAAGAUCAUCUUGCUCAACAACAACUAAUCAAUGUUCUCAUCCUCAUAACUAGCCCAGUAUCAUAACAUGUCGUUGUGUGGUUGCCCUGUGUGUAUGAAGGAGUGAAAUAAAUUGAUUAUUUGGCA